AUGGGGCUAAUCAUGUCGUCUUCCGUCGACAACGUCUUCAGCGGCGGCGCGUCUUCGCCGACUGAGUCGGCCAUCGUCGCACCUCCGGCCGUCUGCGGGUCGCACGUCGUCAAGAUCGCCGGCUACUCCCGCACCAAGGGGCUCGGCAACGGCAAAUACAUCUGCUCCGAGACGUUUGACAUCGGAGGCCACCGCUGGUGUAUGCGGUACUACCCCGACGGUAUAGGGGAAUAUGACACCGAUUGGAUAUCGAUGUAUCUGCGUCUCGACCACAGCAAUGCCGAUGAAGUAAGAGCAGGAUACAAAUUUAGUUUGCUUGACCAAGAUGGCCAACCAGUACCGUCGUACAGCUUACGCAGCGGCGAGAUCCGCCUCUUCGCCAACACUGGAACUGAAUGGGGCUUCGCUAAAUUCAUCGAAAGGAAAGUCUUGGAAAAAAACCCUAGCCUAAGAGAUGAUGCUUUCAGCAUCAGGUGCGAUGUCGCGGUGAUGAAGGACACAUUCACGGAGCCUAUGCCACAGUCUUUGGUGGUGGUGCCACCGUCCAACAUGCACCAGCAUCUUGGCCAACUACUUUUGGCAGGCAAGGCGGCCGAUGUUACUUUUGAGGUUGCUGAUGACACAUUCCCUGCACACAGGUGCAUACUCGCCGCUCGGUCAUCGGUCUUCGAGGCAGAGCUCCUUGGUCCGAUGAAGGAGAGCAUUGCAUCCCGUGUCCGGAUCGACGACAUGGAGGCCAACGUGUUCAAGGCCCUUCUCCACUUCAUCUACACCGACUCCCUGCCAAAGAUGGAUGAGGAUAUCACCGCAACAAUGUGUCAGCAUCUUCUUGUAGCGGCGGACAGAUAUAACAUUGAGAGGCUAAAGCUGACCUGCGAAGAGAAGCUGUGUAACCACAUCUACCACAGAACGGUCGCGACUACGUUGACCCUGGCCGAACAGCAUGGUUGCACCGAGCUCAAGAGGGCAUGCUUCCGGUUCCUCACUUCUCCAGGCAAUUUAAAGGCUGUCAUGGCAUCCGAAGGCUAUCAGCACCUUAGAAGCAGUUGCCCCUCUGUUAUAGAGGAGCUGCUCACCAAGCUUGCUCCGUAA